UAUCUAAAUAAUCACAACCGGCAACUCAACAUUUGACAUAAUCACAAAUCAAACUCAAACCCAUCACAGGUUUCUUCUUCAUCUCCUUAUAAAUCAAAUCUUUUUUAUUUCCUUACAUUGUGAAUGCCAUAUAAUUCAGCCUUACAUCUUUCCCAAAAAUGGCUUCCAAUGAAACUUUACACCACCUUUCAUCGGCCCUUCACGACUCUUCCUCAUAUCUUAGCACCAGCACCAUCAUUGCGUUGAGUGUGUUCUUCACGCUUCUUUGCGCCUGCAUUAUCAUUGGUCACCUUCUUGAGGAGAACCGCUGGGCUAAUGAGUCCAUCACUGCUCUUCUUCUGGGUUUGUGCGCCGGAGUUGCUGUAUUGCUGUUGAGUAAAGGGAAUAGUUCGCGCAUACUAGUGUUUAAUGAGGACUUAUUCUUUCUUUAUUUGCUUCCUCCGAUCAUUUUCAAUGCUGGAUUCCAGGUCAAGAAGAAGCAAUUUUUCAAAAAUUUUACAAUUAUAUUGCUGUUUGGAAUUUUUGGUACACUAAUUUCAUUCUGCCUCAUAUCAGUAGGAGUUGCUUUGCUAUUCAACAAGCUUGGCGUGACAGACCUUGAUAUUCAAGAAUACCUUGCUGUUGGUGCUAUACUGUCAGCAACAGAUUCAGUUUGUACAUUACAGGUUCUAAGUCAAGAUGAAACACCAUUCCUUUAUAGUGUUGUUUUUGGGGAAGGAGUUGUGAAUGAUGCAACCUCUAUUGUGAUUUACAAUGCAGUCCAAUCGCUUGACUUCAGUAACAUUGAUGGCACAAUAGCAUUAAAGUUGUUGGGAACAUUUCUUUAUCUUUUCUUCACCAGCACUGCACUUGGUAUAGUAGCGGGCCUUCUGAGUGCCUAUAUCAUAAAAACGCUUUACUUUGGAAGGCAUUCUACAGAUCGUGAAGUUGCACUCAUGAUGCUUAUGGCUUAUUUGUCCUACAUGUUAGCCGAGCUUCUAAGUCUCAGUGGGAUUUUGACAGUUUUCUUCUGUGGCAUAGUAAUGUCACACUACACUUGGCACAAUGUCACAGAAAGUUCACGGAUAACGACCAAGCAUGCAUUUGCAACAAUUUCAUUCAUAGCAGAAACUUUCAUAUUCUUAUACGUUGGUAUGGAUGCCUUGGACAUUGACAAAUGGAAGGCCAGCAGUGCAAGUGCAGGAACAUCGAUUGCUGUUAGUGCGACAUUGUUUGGAUUGGUACUGAUUGGAAGGGCAGCAUUUGUGUUUCCUCUGGCAAAUAUAAUGAACUGUGUUACGAAAAGAUCAAGUGCAAAGAUUGAGUUUCGACAACAGUUCAUAAUGUGGUGGGCAGGACUAAUGAGAGGUGCAGUUACAAUUGCUUUGUCUUACAGUGAGUUUUCGAGCUCUGACACGAAGUCGUCUGCACUAAUGAUCACUUGUACCAUAAUUGUUGUUCUGUUUAGCACAAUGGUAUUUGGCUCCAUAACAAAGCCUUUAAUAGAAGCAGUGUUGCUGAGACAUGCAAAAUCUGCAAUUUCAGAUGCAACUGAUAUACCUAGUCUAGAAGAAUUAACAAUACCGUUUCUUGACAAUGGCGAUGAUCCCGGAAACAGCCAACCAGCGCCGAAGGCAAGUAACUUAAGGUUGCUGAUAAGCAAUCCUACCUCAACUGUCCACUACUUCUGGAGAAAAUUUGAUGACAAAUUCAUGAGACCAGUGUUUGGUGGAAGAGGGUUUGUUCCGUUUGUUCCAAGCUCCCCAACUGGUGCUGCUGAUGAAACUUCUGAAGCCAGAAGCUCAAACAUUUAGUUGAUAGAAUUUCUUUUCUUUCAAAUUAUUAUUAUUAUCAAUCUUGUCGUUGUAUUGAGUUCUUCCUUUUUUGUUUACAAAUUUUGGUGAAGUAAAAGGUGUUGUAUUUAUUAGAACAAUGUGGAAAUUUGUUUGUCUUCAUUAUUAUUAAUUUUUGAUGUAUAAAUUUUGAAGAUAAAAGUCUUCAAUUGAUUA